GUCGCGGUGACUAUGCGUCAAUGGCGUAUGGCUCAAUGUAUUUCUGUGCCUAUUUUUAUGUGCAAAUUCUAAAAAUUCGAAAAGAAUCCAACACAGUGUGUGUUAAAAAUAGCUCCUGUGGAAUGUGUCUUCGCCAGCAUGGGAAAUAAUUGUGUAUGUGAAGUUGAGUUCUUUAUACAAAUAAAUACAACUCGGUAUAUCUGAAAAUUUCGUGUCAAAGGCAAAAGAAUUCGUCCACAUGUUUCCCGAAAUCGAUAGUUAUAAUUUUCCAGUGCUUCGAAAAUAUUAUUUCAAUACCGCUAUUUAAUGAAAGAAAUGCCGAAAGUGAGAGAAUCGUUAAGUUCAAAUUAUUAAAAUCCAAAAGGGUGAGUUGCAAUCAUGGACUGCCCGAGAGGUGAGCUUACACGCCGCAACCAAAUUGGCUGACAGUGCUAUUUUUUAAGUAUAAAAAAAUUUAUUUUAAUAAAAAUAUAACCAAGCUCACACGGUAUUGGAACAGAGUUCUACGUGCGGUUUUCGAUGAGCCUAACGACGGUCGACAGCUGUGCGUUUGGGGAACGAAGUGUAAGCGAAGUGCGAGUGCGCCUCAUUUGGCUGUAAUCGAUACACUGUGGCCCCCACGCAUGCAGCCAAAGGCGCCGCGGGGGCCCACCCAUCAUUGGUAGCGCUGCGCGUAUUGCUGUUUCUGGCAACAACAACAACAUUUCUGGUGGGGUCGGUGCCAGCCCUCGCGGUGUCCACAGCCCAAAGACAAAUUGCGCAUCGAAUUGGCCAGACUAGUGUGAGGAGUAGCAACAACAACAAAAAUUACAAUAAUUACAAUAACAGCAAACGUAUAAGUCAUGCAGCAAACAAAGAGUCCGAAGCGGAUGCAACAUCUUUAUGGCCAUUUUUCACAUGGCCGAUGACACGAGCCGGUGUUGCAACGCCAACAACAACAGCAACAAUUACACAACUAAUGCAAACAACAAAUGCCUCAGUAGCAUCAGCUAGAAAUAGGAAGGUGCCCAUAAAUUUGCGCGCCAACAGCGGUGAUAGCGGUAGCAGCCACAACAACAACAACAAUAACACUAAUAAUAAUAGCAUAAGCAACCAGCCAAGCGCAGGGCAAAACAAAUAUUUGACAUGGUGCAAAAUAGUGAGCGAACACAACAACAACGACGACAAUUACACAUACAAAUCAAACAACUACAACGAAAGUUACAAAAGCAAAAGCAACAUUGCAACAGCGACAGCGACAACGAGGCGCAAAGAACAAAUUGGAAACGUAGACGGAAACGCCGGCGGAAACGGAAGCGUUCGGGUAGCGCAUACGGGAAAUGCCAAUAAAAGUAGAAUAAGAAAAAGCGAAAAUAGUUACUACACUGUAAAUAAAUUUGUGUUAGCAGCAAAUGAACGGCGCUCUGUCCGCAGACGCCGUGUAAAUAAGAGCCUUGUAAAUAGUGUAAAUAAGCAUAAAAAUAGGCGUAAAAGUAAUAAUCGGCGCCGUGCCAACGGCCACAGUUCAAUAGUGAAAGGAGAAAGAGAAAAAGGUAAAGCGUUCGCAAAUAUCACGCGCCCACAAUUCGAUCGCGAAAGGCAGUUCAGUGUAAAUUAUUUCAAUAAAAGUGUUCGUGCUGGUGCUGGUGUUAGUAUUGAGUCGCAGCGUAUACAAAAUAGUUCACAAAAUCUUAAUACGAAUAAAGAGGAGGCAAUAUUUUCGGGUGAAUUUUCUUCGCGUGCGCAAAUUUCCACUCACGACAAACAGCAGUCGCUGACGGUAAAUAACAGUGCAACAAUUGCAACUACAACAACAACUACAGCAAGCACGCGGCUCGAUUACAUUGUCAUUACCGAUUACAAUCGGCCACGCAAGCGCACCUUCUGGCAGAAAUACGGUCGUAUACUAUUGAUUGCGAUUGGCAUUUCACUGAGCGUCGCAUGCAUCAGCGUUUUGAUUGUUGCCAUAAACUGUUAUCGUGUCACGGCGCUGAAACGUCGUGCCACUGUCGCUCUAACAUUACCAAUUCCACUGUUGCCCGAAGAUCAGACACUUCUGCACACUGAGCCGGACAAUCCUGUACCCAUGCUAUCGGUACAGACUGCCGGCUACGCGGGAAUGGAGCGGCUCGGCGUUCCGACCCGCACCACACUUAACUCACCACCUGACGACAGAGGGCAAUAUAGCUGUAGAAUGCGCGUGGAGACACUGCCGGCGCGAGACAUUUUAGUACGUAGCGAAACUGUGAUCCGUAGCAACAACACAAGCGGCGGUUGUACGAGCGCUUGUAUGACCACUGCCAAUAGUAGUGGCAAUAAGAGUCAGCAACAGCAGCAACAACUAUUAAAUCAAGAGCAUCACAAUCAACAUUCCCACCAUCAUCAACAGCAACAGCAUCAUCACCAAUACCAACAACAACACUAUCAACACCACCAUAACCAGCAACAACAUUACCAGCGCAUGUCAACGCAACAACAAGAACAACAACAGCAGCAGCAGCAAUCGGCGUGCAGCAGCGCAAGUAGCACGCGUAAUGGCAACAUGCCCGCACGCAGCACAACAACAAGUAUUAGCAACAGCAAUAGCAGCAGCAAUUUCAUGCGCGGUGGCAUCGAGGCGGCUACGCUCAAGUACGGUAGCAUGGGCAGCGGGAGCGGUGGCGCCGGCGGCGGCUAUGGCAGCAGCAUAUCGGGCAGUUCCUGUGGCAGCAAUAGUUCCUGCAAUAGUCACAGCAUUGACCAUCAUCUGCACUAUCAGCAAGCGAAACAGCCGAAGCAGCAGCGCACGCCACGUUGCCCACACCACGUGCCGCUCCCGGAUAGCGAAUGGGGUCAGGAUCGCAGCAUGCAACUACGCGCAAGCUAUCAGCAAUCUGAAUUAACGCGUUCCUACAUCAAACCUCCGCCGAAUAAAACCAUUAAAGACGUUCCAGAACAAUCAUCCUACAAUUUUAAUGCGCUGUCAGCGCUUAGCGGCUCCAACAUAACGCUAUACGCGACGCCCGCGACGUCGACAGCAGCACAGCCACAUCCACCAAAAUCAAAGCCAAACGUGAUCACAAAGCUUUUUUCGCGCAAAAGCUCACCCAAAUCGCCCACAGCGCUCGCAUCAUCAUCCUCUUCCACGUCGGCGUGCUCCUCACUGCCCACGUCCGCGUCUAUAACGUCCAUGCCCGCAUCGACAUCGUCCUCAACGUCAUCGAUAGCGUCCGCAACUGGUGGCGCAGCCCUGGCAGCGGCAGCUCUAUCGUCUGCCUCAUCAUCAUCCGCUACGCCAUCGGCACUCGCUUCGACACCCCUGGCAUCAAUGCCCAUAUCGACCGCGUCAUCGCUAAAGACGACCGCCUGCAGUUACGGCGCCAGCUCAUUGCAAGCGUCCACACCACCUUCCAUAACGGCCGGUCUUGCGACCAGCACCCAACUACUGACCACCAUCGGCGUCUCGUCCACAGCCACACCCGCCUCCAUCGAGCGCAUACCAACGCCGCCACUUUCGGUGACUGUGCCCAUUGGUGGCUACCAUCACCUGCACCACCAUCUCCAGCAUCAUCACCACCAACAGCAACAACAGCAGCAGCGCUUACACCAACAGCAGCAGCAAAUAUUAUUAGACAGCAUUGUGGCCGAAAGCGCCACGCCCACAACAUUGUUGCAAUCGCUGAAGAGCAGCAGCUGCAAUUUGGCUACCGCCGGCGCCGCGGAGCGCAACAGCAGCCGCAGCAGUCUGGUCGCCAUGGACUGCUAUCCGCUGACCGCCGCGGCGUCGGGCGGCAUGACGCCACGUUCGCGCACACCAACAACCCCGGCGAACAACAACAAUUGCAAUUGCAAUAGCAAAGACUGUAACACGUGUACGCCGAACGCAACCACAUAGCGGCGUGUGGCUGCCGUUGCAGGCACCACACUUGAUGGCAUCGAAAUCGCGAAGAUGGCAUAGUGUGGUUGUGGGGCAGGAGAAGUAGAUAAAAGACACGGGUACGGCGCAGCGUGAACAAGUUGUGCAUUAACUAGCAACAAAUUCCUGUAUGCGUAUGCCUAGGGACCAAGGGGGAAAUACAUAGUCUAAGUCGCUGCAAUAUGUUGCACAUACACACUUACGUCGUAUGUACAGCAGUUAUGUAAAUCUAAUUAAUUUGAGCAUGGAACUACUUUAACGCUGGUUUCACAUGAACUUUGUAUUCACAUCAUUUCCAAACGCAGCAGUACGGCACAAGGGAAAAACGAAAAGGCGAAAUGAAAAAUGAAAAAUGAAAAAUGCAUAAACGCACCGCGGUACAUACAUACAUAUACAAAUACACUUGAGAGUGCUAGGUUCUUGCGCCAAAAGCGUUCUGCCGGCUGAGAUUUAAAACAAAAUUAUUUAUGAAUUCGCUUAAGCUAAAUAUGUUUGCGAUUAUUCGAUGCCUAAAGUAAUUUUAAGCCAAUAGUUUAUAUUGUAUUUAUUAAAUUAAUUUUUUAGUAUUCAAAAUUUAUUUUAGCCAAUUAAACGAAAAUUGAUUUCGGCGCCAAAAAGUCAAUCAUAGCAAUUGUCUUUGAUUAUUAGUAAAUUAUAUUAAAAUGAUUAUUUAUUUAGGAAUAAUGCUGGCAGAACACUGGGCGAAAAAGUAUUCACACUGCGAAUUUAUUCAUUCUCAGCCUCCCUGCCUUGAAUACUGUUGUGUUUUUAAACGAUUUUAAUUUGUAAAGAUUAAUCUAAAAUAAAUUACAAUUUAAGUCAAUCAGAUAAGUGUAAAUAAUCUAAAUAUUAGCAUAGGUAAUAAAUAUACUAGCCUUGUCCGUACUACAUAUAGGUAGACAUACUAUUUGUAUGUAGUGUAAGUGAGGAGAAGAAAUUAUAUAAAGGAUAAAUGGAUUUUUAAUUAGUCUAAAAUAGCGGAAAAUAGCUGUAAAUGGAUAAUUAAAUAAAAUAAACUGAAUUAAAUAUGCUAUAUAUUAAAUAUA